AUGGAUAAUGAGAGUCUUAGGAAUCUAUCGUUUACCUGCAAAGCUUACUACCUGCUUAUACACGAUUGUCGGCUCAAGUAUUUGAAGCUUUACUUGCUACGUAUGAUCUUGACGAACGAAAAGCAAACGAGUGGUUGGAUGAAAAAUUAUAUAAAUUUUCGUUUUCCUAUCCCUAGAACUUGUCAGAACUUGAGCGUUGAAAGCUUGAAAAUUCGAAAUGCACUAGUAGAUGAUUCAUUCUGUAAGCUUUUAAGGAACUUUUUGAUUGAAAACAAUGACAAAAUUCAACUUUCUGAUAUAUUGCAUCAAACCAUCACAAGCAACACACAUCUCUACGAGCUAUUCACAGAAGCAGAAGAUAGCCUCAAAGACGUUGAAAAAUCUGAACCAGUUCAUUUGUUUGUCAUCUGA